AUGACACAAAAGGCCCUUCACAACCCCACAUUCCAGGACGUCCUUGAUAGGUUCAAAAAGGACUUGAGCAAAAAGGAAAAAGACUAUUUCACCAAUGUCACCAGCUUUGAUGAACUCGAGAAAAGUAUCGGGGAUUUACAGGAAAGACAAACUGUCAAACGCCAGGCACGAAACCUCGAGAGACUAAGUCCGUUUCUGGAAGCGAUGAAGCAAUGGGGUCAGGUUGUAGAGGUGUUUUGUAACAGCAGCAAAACAGUGCUUGCGUCCCUGGUGGUAGAGGAGAUCGGUAAGCUCAAACGAAAACCUACUGUUCUUUUUUUCUACUGCAAACACGACAACCCUGAAUUCAGUACUUUCCCUGCAAUUGCGAGAGGUCUUUUGGCUCAGUUGUUGGAGCAAGAGAGACAUCUACUCCCUUACUUCGACCAGGAGUGCUGCACGAGCAAGGAACCGAUUCUCCAAACCCCAGAGAAAAUUCAAAAACUACUGGAUAUCGCUCUCACGCAUUGCAAAAGUGCUUAUAUUGUGCUUGAUGGCCUAGAUGAAUGCAAACGAGAAGACCGAAAAGAGAUCUCGAUGUGGUUUCGAGAACGAGUCGAGAAUCCUCCUCAUAAAGAACCUCGGAAACUACGGUGUCUCUUUACUAGUCGGGAUGACGGUCACGGGAGAAAGGAUUUCGAAGACAUAGAGACAGUCACAGUUGAUUCUAGCGACAUUGCGAAAGACUUGGAAACUUUCUGCCAGCGACAAGCGGACCUUUUAAGAAUCAAGUUUCAGCUUACAAGCGACAAAGCAGAUGAUAUAGCUUCGGCAGUUUCUCAGAGGGCGGCAGGCAUGUUUCUGUUACCGAAAUUGGUGUGGAACAAUUUAUCUCAACAAACUACGAUUGCCGGCAUGGAAAGAGAACUGGAGCCAACUGUAUACCCGAAAAAGCUUGACGAUGCGUAA